AUGACGAGCAAGUUGCAGAUGAAAGCACAAAUGCCACAGUUCCUCCCAGAAAAACCAGAACUUUGUUUUGUGAAGCUUGAACUGUCAUUCGAUCAAAAUGAAAUAACUAAUGAACACACGAGGUUUGCAGUGCCCAUAAACGCAUUAGACACCAAAGCUACUAUUAAAGCCACAGACAUAAUACUUCGGCCCAUCACGGAACGACAACAUACAUUUUUAAAGAAGUUAUUGAUCGACAGAAUGUCUAAACCAUUUCAACAGUGUAUACAGCAGGUGUUGAACAAUGAACAGAUGGGCGACAGGACCUCCUCCGAGUAUUGGCGACAACUACAUGCCAUCAUCAGAGAAGAAGACUUACCAGACAUGAAACUGCGGCACAUUUGGCUGGCACAGAUGGAUGCCCAAUGCACUCAAGGUGGCAAAAGAUGA